AUGAAUCAUUCAAACGAUGAAACUCUUCAUUUGGAGACUAUGUCGCGACCGUCCGGAGUUCCUUCUCCAUCUCUAUCGGAGAUCGAGCAGCCCGCUCUACCUCCAACCGACAAAGGCAAAGCUGCUUGGCUACUUCUAGCAUCCUGCUGUCUUAUCCAGCUUCCUGUCUGGGGGUUCUCAACCGUGUUUGGUGUAUUCCAGGAAUACUAUUCCACCCACCAAGUGCUGCAGGGUAAUAAGGGAGACUUGGCGACGGUGGGAACAACAUCAACCGGAAUCUUAUACCUUCUCUCGCCUGUUACUUUCACGCUAUUAACUCGGUAUCCACGACUACAAGUCUGGUGUGCCCCCGCAGGAUUGGUGAUUACAGUUAUUGGUUCUUUGCUCUCUUCAUUCUCAACUCAAAUAUGGCACUUGAUUGCAACUCAAGGUGUUAUUUGUGCAUUGGGUAAUGGCCUGUUGUUUAGUCCCUCAUCACUUUAUCUGGAUCAAUGGUUUCUACGCAGAAAGGGAUUGGCCAUUGGGAUUAUGUGGGCUGCUAAAAGUAUUACUGGUGUUGCUUUGCCAUUUAUUGCGAGUGCUUGCUUGAAUAGAUUUGGUUCCAGUACCACUUUGAAGGCGUGGACUCUGCUUACGCUAUUCACAGUAUUGUUAUCACUGCCAUACAUGAAGCCUCGCAUUCCAGUAUCACCAUCAGCGUCGGCUCGACGUCUGGAUCUCAGCUUCCUCAAAAUGACUACUUUCUGGAUGCUCCAAGCAGGAAACAUCAUUCAAAGUUUCGGCUACUUCUUACCAUCUACGUAUCUGCCAUCCUACUCAACUGGAACAGUUGGCCUCCCAGACUUCAUGGGCACAUUGCUCGUCUCCCUAUUUAAUGCAACUUCCGUCUUCGGCGGGAUUGCAGUGGGUAUACUCUGCGACCGCUUCAACGUCAGCAACGUGCUACUUUUAUCUUCCGUGGGAUCCGCACUCUCUGUUCUUCUCUUCUGGGGAAUGUCAUCGUCCGGUCAAGGCUCUUCACAGGCUGGGAUGGCUUUGUUAACUGUAUUCUCCAUGUCCUACGGUUUCUUCGCUGGUGGGUUCAGCUCGACUUGGUCGGGUGUUAUUACUCAGAUAAAGCGGGACUCGUCACCGUCGCUGGAGACUGGACUCGUCUUUGGUCUUUUGGCUGGUGGACGGGGUAUUGGAAAUGUUAUUAGUGGGCCUUUGAGUACGGUGUUGAUUAACCAGGGUUCUCUGGGACAUGAUGGGACAACGGGGUAUGAUACUCAAUAUGGGACUUUGAUCCUGUUUACUGGUAUCACUGCUCUUUUGGGUGCAUGGAGCUGGAUGUGGAAGUACAUAAGUCCUGGGGCAUGCUACUCUCGUUGA